AUGUCCACUAUCUCCACACUCACCCAAGGCUCGGCGUCUGCCCCCCAAUCAGGCGACGCCGUCCCGUCCACGCCCUCAGCGCGCACUCCUCCAUCCCGUUCGCGCACUAUCAACGUCGUCAUCCCCUCCGCGCAGGUGACAGCGCUCGCCACGCCCAUACGCGCCUUGACGUUCAUCCACGGGCACGGGCUCAUCGCCACUUCGUCCGACGAGGUCCUGAAUACGGAGACCUUCACACACGGGCACGGCGACUUUGCAGUCGUCUCUCCGCAUGGCUCCCCUGCUACCCCAACGCAGUCGCGCGCGCCCACGCGCACGAGGCGACGGAGCAGCCUGUUCUCCGCCUCGAACACGGAGGACGAGGAGGCAGGCGUGGGUGCGAGCCCGCAUUCGACAGGCGCCGGGGCUGGCGGUCUGACGAUGGCGCCUAUGGGGGAGAGCGAGGAGCACGAGGCGCCUGGCGGCGAUGAACAAGCUGCGAGCCAGGAGAACUAGAACGC